CGCCGGCCCAGCCGCGUGGAGUCGCGGGUGUGGCCCUCGCUGCGGCGGCGGCGGCGGCGGCGGAGGGGAGGUCCCUGCCAUCCCGCCCCGCCUGAGCUCGGCCAUGUCUCACGGGCACAGCCACGGCGGGGGCAGCUGUUGCCAUGGCGACGCCCACGAAGAGCCUCCCGAGCGGCGCGGCCAGGCCUGGAGCCUUUACCUUCGCAUCGACCUGGAGCGCCUGGAGUGCCUGAACGAGCGGAGGGAAGGCAGCGGGGCGCUCGUCUUCCGCGCCUGGGAGGACCGCGGGGACCGCCAGAAGUUUGUAGAAAGUGAUGAUGAUGAAGAGCUUUUGUUCAAUAUUCCAUUUACAGGCAAUGUAAAAUUAAAAGGGAUAAUUGUUAUGGGAGAAGAUGAUGACACACAUCCAUCAGAAAUGAGACUGUUUAAGAACAUACCUCACAUGUCCUUUGAUAAUGUUGCCAGAGAACCGGAUCAGAUGUUCAGCCUGAAUCGUGAUGUUACAGGAGAACUGGAAUAUCCAACGAAAAUUGCUCGCUUCUCAAACGUGCAUCAUCUCUCUAUCCAUUUCUCCAAGAACUUUGGUGCUGAGACAACAAAGAUCUUUUAUAUAGGCCUGAGGGGAGAAUGGACAGAACCUCAUCGACAUGAAGUGACUAUCUGCAACUAUGAAGCGGCAGCAAAUCCAGCUGACCACAAAAUUGAUCAGAUCAGACCACAGACACACUUCAUUUCCUAACUGCAGCGCUCAAGCUGCAACAGGCCAUUGGGCAGACUUAGGAGCAUGUGAAAUACUUGAGGCUCUGCCAAGCACUGUAGCUUUAAUUCUUUUGUUGGGGGUGCUUUUUCUGGGAAAGCAGGGCACCCAAUACUGGGCAGAUAGGUAAAAAUCAAACUAUUGCUAAGGACAAUCAUGGCUUGAGAACAUAAAAGUAUCAAAGUAGUAAGUCUUGAGAAUAUUGGCCUCUGCCUACCUGCCCAGUCGUUAUCUUAACUAUCUAAUAAUCUGGUUGGAGCAGAAAUAUACUGAGCCAGUGAACUCCGUUUCUAUUCCCGCUGCUGACAUACAUGAGAUGAGGGGUUGUUGGCCGACUUGAUGUGGGGCUGUUGCUUUUGAAUGGAACUUACACAGGUUGAUAAAGUAUUGGUGUUCUGUGUGAGCUUUUGGCUGAUUCCCAAGCAUGUUAAAAGUGACUUAUACAGGGCAGUAAUGAUUUGGCUGUGCACCAAAGCACUGCAUGUCUUUCCAUGAGCAUCAUUAAGUAGGUUUCUUGCUGACAUCUAACAGCUUCCUCUGUGUGUCUAAACAUGGGAGAACAAAAAACCUAGGUGUUUGUUUCUUCUUGGGACACCUUUCUGGCUGAUGUGGCUUAAUAUUUUCUAAUAAAUGUGGCAAAGACUA